GACGCUGUGAGGAUCAUCAACAGCGACAUGAGCGGGUCGUGGUACGUAGUGCACUUGAAGCCGGGGCGAUACGUGGGCAACGUGCAGGUGGAGCGAGCAAACGUGGUGCUCUUAGGCAGCGGUGCAUGGCGCACGGUCGUCACAGGGAACCGCAGCAACGGAGCUGGCUUCGAAACAUGGGAUACGCCUUCCUUUGCGGUGGCGGGAACAAUUUUGUGGCAAUGGGCAUUCGCUUCGAGAACACGGCACCGGCGAGCAUGGAGGCAGCAGUGGCGUUCCGAUCAGCGGGGGACAAAACCAUUGCAUACCGCUGCGUUUUCUCUGGCUUCCAGGACACCCUGAACUCGCACCGCGGGCGGCAGUACUACCGGAACUGCGCCAUCUAUGGCCACGUGGAUUUCAUCUACGGUCGCCACGGCGCGGCCGUCUUUGACCGCUGCCGCAUCGUCCCCUUAGCGCGCCCGGGGGAGAACGGCGCCGCCACCAUCGCCACACACGGCGGAGAGACACGGUCGAAACGCGAAGGCGGGUUCGUCUUCUACCGCUGCUGGAUUGCUGGGAACGCUCCAGGGGUGACGGUCUACCUGGGGAGGCCAUGGAGAGCACACGCUCGUGCCGUGUAUAUGUUUAGCUACCUGUCGAAUGCUGUCCUUCCCGAGGGAUGGGUUCCGUGGCCUGGGGAGAGCUUUGGGCCGAAGGCUUUUCUGGGAGAGUAUCAAAACACGGGGCCAGGUGCGGGGAUGAGUGGGCGUGCGAGGUGGGUUCGGCCCGGGUUGCUGAGUGAAGCGCAGGUGGCUCCGUUCAUGCCUGAAGCGUUUAUUCGGGGCAGCCGGUGGGUGGGCAAAACACCUGUGGAGAUCGUGUACCCUUGA